AACAAAAGUAAAAAUAGACAAUGCGAAGGAGAAAUGGUAAAUAGUCGCUUUCCGUUGUAUGAUUUUAACGCUGAUGUGUUAUUGAUAACCCAUUGUUGGCAGCUUUUAGGCACUCAAGAUACAAGACUUCCUCAACUAGCGUUCCACUCGGUACAUGGCCAGAACGUUGUUUUGUUAAACGGCGGUCGAGUAGCAAGACGAAAGGAGAGCUUCUGUAAGGGGCUUGCGUUUUCCAAUAGGCCCAUUUCUAUAAAUGAGAACGUGUGUAUUCGUCUAACCGAGGUGUCAACGAGUUGGUCAGGUGUGCUGAGGUUCGGUGUGACGAAUGUGGAUCCAGAAUCUUACAGGAAUGUCCAAGUGCCCAAGUUUGCUUGUCCUGAUCUUACUUCAAAGGAAGGAUUCUGGGCUAAGGCCCUCCCUGAGCGGUACUCUGUAGAGGGCAAUAUUCUACACUUCUACAUUACUCAUUCUGGUGAUCUUUAUUAUGGUGUAAAUGGAGUGCAUAAGGGUGUGUUUUUGAUAGGAAUCAAUGUUUCUUUGCCAAUAUGGAUCAUUGUGGACAUUUACGGCAAUAGCGUAGCGGUCGAAUUUGUUGAUCCGUCAGAUUUCCAUGUGCCGCGAUCCUCCUCAACAACUCCUUGUACAACUACCGCCUGUAAUCCGCGCCAUGAACCGACGUCUGUCGAACCGCCAGUAACACUUCAUCAAGAACUUCAAGUUACUUCCGCCAGCUGUGAGCGUACUUCUUCAUCGGGCUUUGAAUGCCUUCGUUUUCAUCAAGUGACGGGUCGACAUAUUUCUCUUAAUGCUAUGCGAAAUAUUGCAACUCGGUGCGAUAGUGAAUAUUCGCAGGGUUAUGUAUUCUCAGAGCGACCUAUUCGUAACAACGAAAAAGUGGUCAUAGAGGUAGUUACCGUCCAAAAAUUAUACAUUGGAGGUCUUGCAUUUGGCGUGACAUGUUGCGAUCCGUCUACACUGAGGCCAGUAGACCUCCCUGAUAACUCAUCGGAUUUAGUCGAAAUGCCCCAAUACUGGGUGGGGAUCAAAGAUAUUGCCUUACAACCUCCAGUGAACACUGUCCUUAGCUUUUGGAUUACUGAUGCGGGUGAGGUGAAAUUUGAAAAGGACCAAAAUGUUGCUCGUACUGUCCUUCACGUUGAUAAUUCUCUUCCUCUAUACAUGUUUUUCGACGUUUACGGUUCUACCCAAGCAAUCAAAUUGCGUGGUAAGAUGUUUUCAGUGUCCAUUUUCAAUAGAGCUUCAGAAAGGAUUCUGCGAUACACUCUUGAUCAUAUCUUUGCUGAUCUGCCAGCUCUUCCUCGUCCUCCUCCAGUUGCUCCUAGGGUGGUUUGUUUCUCUACGCGACUUGUAUGUAUGUGGGCUAAAGUUAAUAGUGCGCUGUAUAAAUGUGGUCAUUCGUGUAUGUGCUACGAUUGUGCGAUGCAAACUUAUCGUUCAUCUGGGCUUUGUCCGCUUUGUCGUGCUUCGAUCGUCGAUGUUCUCAAAAUUUUCAAGGCAUGA